AAAGUAAACACUCUGGCAAACCUCAGAUGCAACUUCACAAACAUGAAUGUGUUGCUGUUUUUGGCCGCAGUCUCUCCUCUGUUGGUGGGCGCUGCUGAGUCUAACCUUAAAUGCAUCAGUAUUUCUGAUUGUUAUGACAUCUAUGCGAGUGGAUAUAAUGCCAGCGGUGUGUACGACAUCUUCCCAACAGAAGAAGCUGUGAAGGUUUACUGCGAGAUGGUCUCCACUGGAAAGAAAAAUGAUGACGGGAAAUGGACGGUGAUUCACAGACGAAUGGAUGGCGAUUUGAAUUUCGACAGGCCAUGGGACCAAUACAAAAUGGGCUUUGGUGAUAAAUCACGAGAAUUCUGGCUGGGGCUGGAGUAUGUCCACCUGCUGACCAACAGACAUCAGAAUGAACUGAGAGUAGAUUUGGAGGACUUUAGUGGGAACAAGGCUUACGCUCUGUACCAGAAGUUUUCUGUGAGCUCUGAGGCUAACGGGUACCGACUGAAUAUUGGCAGCUUUGUAAAUGGAGGAGCAGGUGAUUCUUUGAAUUUACACAAUGGAAUGAAGUUCACCACCUAUGACAAAGACCAGGACAAUUCGGAAAAAAAUUGUGCUGUCUCAUACCCUGGAGGGUGGUGGUACAACAGUUGUUAUCAAACAAACCCCACUGGUCCGUAUUUGUGGGGGAAAAAAGAAGGUAAUAUUGGAAUUGCCUGGUAUCACUGGAAGAACAGCUGGGUGUCUCUAAAAUCCAUCAUCAUGAAGAUCAGGCGUGUAAAAACUUAGCUCCCAGUGGAGUUACUGUAUCCAGAGCAAACACCUGAUGAAAUUUCAGCUCGCUGUACCACAAAUUUGACGUUUUUCUCUGGCUAUUGUGCAGAAAAUCUUAGCGCAUUCUCUCCUUUUCUCACUCAAGAAUUGCUGUGUGCAUUGAAAUCAUCUUCAAUAAAGUUCUGACCUGCAAGCAAAACAUCUUUCAUCU